CCACAUUGAAAAAUAACUCAAAGAGAAAACACCAAUAAAUUAUUUCUUUUUUGUGCGGGUAAUAUUGCGAACACUGAACGGACGGAGUAGCUGCAUUAGAGAGAGAGAGAGAGAGAGAGCAGCGGGAGAGUGGGAAUCCCUCCGCGCCAUAGGAUUCAGAUGGGUCUCUUUAGAUUGUGAAGAGGUUGGCUAAAAACUGUUGAGUUCAGCUGAGGAAACUUGCCAAGCUGUGAAAGAGAGAAUACUGGUCAUGGAGAUAUCCUCGAAUGAUAUUUUGCAUCAUUCACCACCUACUUCUUGCAAUGAUGUUGGCAAUCACGACAGUCCCGUGGCCCCUGAUGUUGCAAACCAAGGAGGAAUGGAGUACAAGCAUGAGAUUGGAGAAGAAGAAGCCAGAACUAUACUUGAAGUUAUUGCUUCAACUGGGAAAUUUUGGCAUGAUUGGGACAAAUUGAAGAGGUUGUUGUCCUUUCAGCUAAUGCAGGUCCUGUCUGAAUAUCCGGAGGCGAAGAUGACUAGCGAGCAGCAAAGUUCUUCACUAGGAGAGACUUAUCCAGAGUUGGCGAGGAGGUUGGAUGAAGCUCUUCUCAGCUUUGUAGAAGGUCCUCCUUUUACCCUGCAGAGGCUUUGUGAGAUCCUUUUGAGUUCGAGAAGCAUUUAUUCAAAUCUCUCAAAGCUUGCUCUAGCACUCGAAAAGAAUUUGUUGGUGACAUCUACUCUGACUAUUUCUGCCGAUCCAUAUCCACCUUCCCUUAUGCAAAAACCCGAGGAAAUUGACAGAAGAGGCGAGGAACCUCAGGAAGGAGGUGAGGAAACCCAGGAGAAUGCUAUUUCGGAACAAAAUGGACUUGAACAGUUAACACUUGACAAAGAUGAAGUGAUGACGGAAGUAGAAGCUGAUGAAAUGACGAUGGACGUGGAAGCUUUUGAACAAAUAGUUGGACCAUCAGAAUCUAAUUCUGCCCCUACUACUGAAUCUUAGCUCCUCGGUUGUCAGACGAGGCUGUACCAGCGAAGCUCAUAGACUUUGGUACACAAUUGCCGAGGUCUAAUUGUCGUUCAUGGGCUAAUGCAAUUCUGAUUCAAUGUUGGUAACCGUUAAAAGUUCUCCAGUAUGGGGGGGUAGCUGUAACUUGUUGCCUUGAUAGAUAUGUGGUACAGCUGCUUACAUUUCAGGCUUCGCUUAUGUAUUUCAUCUGUCAAUGAGGUUGGAGAUGUUUUGGUUACAUUAGAACCUUGCUGAAGUUAUUUGUGAUGAGCUGAGUGUGAUCGACCUUUCCUUCA